AUGAAGAAGCUCAGGGCCAAGGUGAAGGACAUAAGCAACAAGAACCUUUGCUACCGCCUCAUCGGCGAGAGCUCAGGCCCCAAGCCUACCGCGGUAGAGGAGCAGGCCAGCAUUGCCACUGCGGCAAUGUUUGCAGCUGUGGAAUACGAUUCAUCAUCAAAGGUGGACCUCCACCAGCUGAUUACUAGCUACAAUGAGGACCUUAGGGUGAUCGCUCUAUGGGGAACUAGUGGUGAUCUCGGGAAGAUGUCCGCCAUCCAGGAAGUUUAUGAUGACCCAAUGCUACUACAAAGGUUUGGAAUCCAUGCUUGGAUCAGGUUGUUGCAUCCAUUCAAUCCACGAGAGUUCAUCAGUAGUUUGGUAAGACAAUUUUGUGAAAAUUCCCAUCAUGAGGUUGGAAAGCCAUCCUUCAAUUCACAAGAGUUCCUCGAGAACUUGGAGCGGGUCAACCUGGGCAGUGGUAGUGUGGCAAUGUUUGACACCAACAAAUCAAGGCUUUCAGGUGUGGAGAAUGAUAAAUUAAAGGCUAUACAUGCAUCAUGUUCUCUGCCGAGCCCAUUACCGACUCAAACAAUGUUACUAGUACUGAGAAAAAACACACCAAUGCUCAUCAAUGAAAUACAUGAGGAAGAUAAAGUACCUAACAGUGAAGGUGAAGAAAAAGUUACCAACUCAACUGCUAGAAAGAAGUUUGAUCGCAGCAGGACACUAGCACUAGCUGAUGAAGUGCUCUGCGGGCAAGAAACAGAGAAAUCUAUUAUUUUUAAAUUAGUUGGCAAACCAAACAACAAUCAAGGUUUUAUGUAUAUUCGAAAUAUUAGAUCUAGGAAAAGGCAUACCAUUAGAUCUGGACCAGCUUGCUCAAUUCCAGAAAUUUUUCAUGGAGUGGAGUAUGCUGGUGAUGUUGAUGUAGAUUUGGGCGGAGGUCAAGGCAACAACAAGGAUGUUGUUGCACCCAUAUCGCAGGUGCGCGGUGGUGUCCACAUUAACUUUGUCAAAUUAUGUUGGUUGCAUAUUGGGAAAAAUGAUUUAGCCGCAGCUAUGAUGCAACAAGCAAGAGUUACCACGCAAAAAUGUGAUGGCCUUCCGCUUGCAAUAUUGACUAUCGGUGGAUUCCUAGCUACUAAGCCAAAAACUGUUAUUGAAUGGAGAAAGAUGAAUGACUGUAUUAGCACUGAAUUGGAGAUAAAUCAUGAACUUAGGACAAUAAAGACAGUUCUUAUGAGGAGCUAUGAUUGUUUACCAUACCAUCUCAAGUAUGCUUUCCUAUACUUGUCCAUAUUUCAAGAAGACCAUAGAAUUAGGUGGGGUCGCUUGAAUUCAAGCCACCUUGAAAGACUGGAUGUUAGAGGUACAAAUGUUGUGAUUUUCCUACAACAAUCACCAAUCUUCCGAAGCUGUAGCACCUUCGUGGAAGUGAUCUUUUCUUCCGAAGCUGUAGCACCUUUGAAUAGGCAUGAUUUAUUCAAUCUAUACCGCUUCUGUAAGGGGCGUCUAGAAAAGGUUUUCCUUCGCAGAGGGAUUGGUAAAUCGAAGGUCGUUCUUACACUAGGUUUUGUCAAAAUUUCUGGGAGAAAUGGAAAUGCCACUCUGAAAGAGCUUGGAGAGCUUACUCAGCUGCGUAAGCUGGAAGUGGCUGGUAUCAGCGGCAGAAACAGCAAGGAGUUGUGGUCUGCCAUUGCUGGCCGCAAUCAACUUCAAUCUUUGCACGAUCUCUCCAAGUUGGUGUUGAUGAGAAGCGCACUUGAGCAAGAUGAUGAUGCCAUACAAGCCCCUGGGGUGCUCCCAAAUCUUGCAGUUCUAUGCGUGAGUAUUUAUUCGUUCAAUGGGGCGCAGUUCCAUUUCCAUAGCUCAUCUUUCCCAAGUUUCAUGGUGUUGGAGCUCCGUGGAGUAUACAGCCUCCGAUCAGUGUUGUUUGAAGAAGGUCCAAUUCCUAAGCUCAAGUUGCUAGAAGUUUAUUGCUGCGAGGGGCUGAAUGGUUUCUCCGGCCUACCAGCAGUUAGGUGCCUCAAUGAAAUUCGGCCGAGUACUCGAAUCCUCAAAACAAGUUUGAAGGAAGAGGUGGAGAGGGAGGUAGCGGAUCAUAGGAUGCAUGUCAGGGCGAAUAUUGUUAACUAA